AUGCAUCUGCCGCUGCUACACAGGCGGCUCCUCGCAGCGGUGCCGUUAUUCACGGCGGUGGCGGGCCAGACGUGUUACUGGCCCAACGGCGUCGAAGCGACGCAGGCGGUAGCGUGUCCCGUGGCGGGCGGCACCGAGGUCGCGGCGUGCUGCUUCCAGAAUCACUACUGCAUGAGCAACGGCCUCUGCUUCUCGCAGACGGAGCUGAGCUUCUACCGCGGCGCAUGUACGGAUCAGAAUUGGACGAGGAGCGGGUGUCCAAAGUACUGCGACAGGGAGGAGAUUACUGGCGGAGUUCCCGGCCGACAUUGCGGUGUCGCAUUAUGCGGUGACAAUAAGUUCGCAUGCCAGAACUCCGGCAACUGCGCAAACUACACAUUUAGCGUCCCCGCGGGCCAGAUGCUGCUCAACGAGUACCUCAAAUCAGACCUCGGCGACCUCGCGACGACGACGGUGACCGCAACCGCGGCAGCAGCAGGACAGAGCACCGGGACCGCCGCAACGUGUUCCGCGACCGCGGCAGAGUCAAGUACCAGCAACGGGAUCUCGACGGGCGCGGCGGCGGGGAUCGGGGUGGGCAUCGGCGCCCCGCUGGCGCUGGCGAUCGCGGCACUGACCGUCAUGUUGUUGCGCGAGAAGAGGAAGACGAGGGCGGCGCUGUCGAGCCAGGUGGAUUCCUCCGGGACGGGCCCGUCGUCGCCGUGGGCCAAGUCGGAGCGGACGGCGUAUGUGCCGGUUGAAGUUCAUGGACAGCCGGUGCCGAAUGAGUUGUCUAGUAACCAUGAUAGGAGACACGAGCUUUCUUGA